UAUAAUUGCUACCGAAAGUGAAUUGGGUGAGAAUCAUGUGAUCCACCCCACUCUUCAUCUUUAAAUCCAAAAACCAACUCAAAAGAUCAUAAAUUUAUCCAUCCAUAAAAUCUGUACAACUUUUUUUUCUCUGUUUUUUUUCGUAUUUGCUUUAUUGUUUUUUGUAUCAAUGGCUUCAAGUGCUUCGAGGUUUAUCAAAUGUGUAACAGUUGGAGAUGGAGCUGUUGGCAAGACUUGCAUGCUUAUUUGUUAUACAAGUAACAAGUUCCCCACCGAUUACAUACCGACGGUUUUUGACAACUUCAGUGCCAACGUUGUAGUUGAAGGCACAACUGUGAACUUAGGUCUUUGGGACACGGCUGGACAAGAGGAUUACAAUCGAUUAAGGCCAUUUAGUUACAGAGCUGCAGAUAUUUUUGUCUUAGCUUUCUCAUUAGUUAGUCGAGCGAGCUAUGAGAAUGUACUAAAAAAGUGGAUCCCUGAACUUCAACAUUAUGCCCCAAGUGUCCCUGUGGUUCUGGUUGGCACCAAAUUGGAUCUCCGUGAAGACAAACAUUAUCUGGCUGAUCAUCCUGGUUUGCUGCCUAUUAGCACUGCACAGGGUGAAGAGCUCCGCAAACAGAUUGGUGCUGCUUAUUACAUUGAGUGCAGCUCAAAAACACAGCGGAAUGUGAAAGCAGUUUUUGAUGCUGCAAUCAAGGUUGUCAUCAAGCCACCACAGAAACAGAAGGAGAAUCAGAAACAGGAAAAGAAGAAAAAGCCAAGUCGAGGAUGUCUAAUGUCGGUAUUUUUGUUUCUUAAAUUUCUGGGCGCGUGUUAUAUUACCUUACCAUCUGAUUGUCUAACAUGUGAAAUUUUCUUGCAUGACAUUCUGUUUGUGUUGAGAAAUUUUUAAAUCCACUUUUUUGCCCAAGGGCAACUGUUGAGGAACGUCUUCUGCGGAAAAACCUUUGUGCCUCCUAAAUGAAACAGAUAUCCUUUGAAACCAAGACCUUAUGCUCCUCCUGGUACCCUUGUCUUCGCCUAGAGAUUCUUUCUAGCCAACAGGAUCAAGUGAGUUUGCUUGUAGUGGAUUACUCAGUUACUUCUCCCUCACUGUGGUUGAUUUCUUUUUAGCUUGUGGAGUACUCUGAGUUAUGUUAUACGUGAUCCGUAAUUUCAUACAAUCAAGGAGUCUUAUUCAAUUCACCUUGAGCAGAGCUUUUCCU